AUGGCAGCUGUUGAAGCCACUGCGAAGGCUUUGGAGAAUGCCACAAUCUCCAAAACCAAGGAGUUGAAAGGCACUGAGAAGAGAGACAAACUCAUUGCGAUCGAAAGAAAAUACCAAGCACAAUGGGAAAAGGAUGGUAUUUUCCAGCCAGAUGCUCCUUCGACUUCCGAGAUUCCCCUCCACUCUGUCUCCGCCGCAGAAUUGCGCGAACAGCACCCUAAAUUCUUCGGUACCAUGGCUUAUCCAUACAUGAAUGGUACUCUCCACGCCGGUCACAGUUUUACCGUCAGUAAAGUCGAGUUCACCGCCGGUUUCGCACGUAUGCAGGGAAAGAGAACCCUAUUCCCUAUGGGUUUCCAUUUGACGGGCUUACCUAUCAAAGCAUGCGCCGACAAGCUCGUGAAUGAGAUCAAACUUUUUGGCAAGAACUUCGAAAACUACAAGGAAGAAGAGGAGUUGGAAGAGAAGACAAACAUAUCUGCACCAAGUACACAUCACGAAGAUGUUACUAAAUUCACGGCGAAGAAAGGGAAGGCUGCCGCAAAGGUUAUCAAGAUGAAGUACCAAUUCCAGAUCAUGAGAGCAUUAGGUAUUCCAAUGGAAGAUAUAUAUCAAUUCGCAGACCCUCAAUAUUGGGGUGCCUAUUUUUCCCCUCUUUGCAAACGAGACCUUACGAAUUUUGGAGCACGUAUUGAUUGGAGAAGAUCGUUUGUUACGACCGAUGCCAACCCAUACUACGAUUCUUUCGUUCGCUGGCAGAUGAAUCGCCUCAAGGAGCUCAAGAAAAUUAAGUUCGGAAAGCGAUACACAAUUUACUCGCCAAAGGACGGACAGCCAUGCAUGGACCACGAUCGAAGUGACGGAGAGGGAGUUGGCCCACAGGACUACCUAGCCAUGAAGUUGAAGGUCAUGGAAUGGGCACCAGAAGCCGCAGAUGCAAUCAAGGGAAAACUCCCGGCGGAUGCAGACGUUUUUUUCGUAGCUGCUACUCUUCGACCAGAGACCAUGUAUGGGCAGAAUUGUUGUUUCGUCGGACCUAAGAUUACCUAUGGAGUUUUCAAGGUUUCGAAAAAUACUUACUUUGUCAUUACCGAUCGUGCGGCUAGAAACAUGUCAUAUCAAAAUAUCUUCCCUGGAAAUGGUACAGUCGAUAAGGUAGCAGUGAUCACUGGUUCAGCAUGUGUUGGGACCUUGGUUCACGCUCCUCUGUCUGUACAUAAAGAUGGUGUCAGAAUCCUUCCCAUGGAGUCGGUUCUUCCUACCAAAGGUACUGGAGUCGUUACCUGUGUACCAUCUGACAGUCCAGAUGAUUAUGCGACUAUUAUGGAUCUCGCUAAGAAGGCUGAUUAUUAUGGUAUCAAGAAAGAAUGGGCCGAAUUAGAAAUCAUUUCUGUCAUCACUACACCCUCAUAUGGAGAUAUGUGCGCUCCAUUCUUGGUGAAUAAGCUCAAGAUUGCCUCACCAAAGGACAAGACGAAAUUGGAAGAGGCAAAAGAGUUGGCUUACAAAGAGGGGUACUAUCAAGGUACCAUGUCAUUUGGAGAGUUCAAGGGAGAAAAGGUCGAAGUUACCAAACCAAAGGUCAGAAAGCAAAUCAUCGACGCUUGUCAAGGCUUUGCAUACUCAGAACCUGAGCGAAAGGUUACCAGUCGAUCUGGAGAUGAAUGCUGCGUUGCAUUGAUGGAUCAAUGGUACCUUGAUUACGGAGAGGAGUCCUGGAGAAAAAUUGCUCUCGAGUAUGUUGACUCCGGAUUGAACACUUACUCACAAGAGACCAAAAAUGGAUUUGAAGGUGUGCUCAACUGGCUCAAUCAAUGGGCAUGUGCCAGGACUUACGGUCUUGGAUCGAAACUUCCCUGGGAUCCUCAAUUCUUAGUUGAAAGUUUGAGCGACAGUACCAUUUACAUGGCAUAUUACACCAUUGCUCACUACCUUCAUAAUGAUAUUUUUGGUAAGACUCCAGGUCUUGCUGGAAUCAAGCCAGAGCAAAUGACCGACGAGAUUUGGGAUUAUGUCUUUGCUCGCCGGGAUAUCAGUGAUGAUAUCUUGAACGAUAGUAAGAUUCCACAGGACACUCUCGCGUCAAUGAGAAGAGAAUUCGAGUACUGGUAUCCGCUUGACCUUAGAGUUUCAGGAAAGGAUCUCAUCCCGAACCACCUUACUUUCUUCCUUUAUAUCCACAUUGCCAUUUUCCCACCAGAGUAUUGGCCAAAAGCUAUCCGUGCUAAUGGUCACUUGCUCUUGAAUGGAGAGAAGAUGAGUAAAUCCACUGGUAACUUCAUGACCUUGUUCGACAUGAUCAAUAAAUAUGGUGCAGAUGCCAGUCGUAUCGCAUUGGCUGAUGCAGGAGAUGGAGUUGCAGAUGCCAAUUUUGAGGAAGAUGUUGCUGAUAAUAACGUUCUCCGUCUUUUCACUCUCCGUGAAUGGUGUGAGGAUAUGGUCAAAGAUCAAGAUAGCCUCCGUACUGGAGAGAAGACCGAUUUCCUCGAUGCACUGUUCGAAAACGAAAUGAAUGCUAUCGUUCACGAAUGUCGUCAACAUUACGAAGCAACGGACUUCAAACUCGCCCUUAAAUCGGCUCUUUAUGACUUCACAGCCGCCCGUGACUUCUAUCGUGAAGCCAGCAUUGCUGCCGGAAUUAAGAUGCAUAAAGAUCUCAUUCUCCAAUAUAUCGAGCUUCAAGCUCUCCUCCUCACUGUUAUCGCGCCUCAUUGGUCUGAAUACAUUUGGCUCGAGGUCCUCCACAAAACUACUACCAUUCAGAACGCCCUUUAUCCUACUGUUCCAGCACCAAUUCCAGCUCUCAGUGCUGCUCGCGACUACGUUCGCUCCACAUCCUCAAACAUCACAUCCGCUGAGGCUGCUCAACAAAAGAAGAAGGCGAAGGGCAAAGAUAUCGGAUAUGAUCUCAAGAAGCCUAAGAAGCUUACCAUUUUCUCUGCUGCUAAAUUCCCUGCCUGGCAACAAAAGUAUAUUGAUCUUGUUCGCGAGUCUUGGAACCCAGAGACCAAGAGUGCCAAUGAUAAAGAACUAAACGGAAAAAUUGCCAAGAUGGGAGAAAUGAAGAAAGCGAUGCCUUUUGUACAAACUUUAAAGAGGAGUUUACAGGGCGGUGAAGUUCCAGAUCAGGUGUUUGAGAGAAAGUUAGCUUUCGAUGAAAAGCAGACACUCAAGAACAUGGUACCCGGUCUCAAAAAGGCAGCAGGGUUGGCAGUGAUAGAGGUAGUGAUUGUUGACGGUGAUGAAGGUGGAAAGAAGGGUGUUAUUGUUUCUGUUGAGGGUAGUGAGGAGAAAGAAUACGGGGCUUUGCCAAUUAUGGCUGAGCAGGCUGUUCCUGGUUUCCCAACUUUCUUGUUUGAGAACGUCGAGGUUUGA